AUGCUGGGUGAUCCAUCUGUACGGUUACGCAAAGCUAUUGUUAAUGGAAACUUGCUGAUAGUCAAAAGGCUGCUCCGACGGUUUCCAGAACUAGUUACCAACGUGGACCCGCGAAACGGUUGGAGCUCUCUUCACUACGCAUCGUUUUACGGGAGGUACCUUAUAUGUGUAUAUUUGGUGCAGUUGGGCCAUGAUCAUCACGAGCUGAUACGGACCUUUAAGGGAAAUACGUGCGUUCAUCUAGCACUAAUGAAUGGGCAUGAACAGACAACCCAUCUGCUACUGCAACAUUUUCCACGGUUCAUUGACGCCAAGGGAGAGAAUGGUAGCGCACCAAUACAUGUAGCGUGCAUGCACGAUUACUUCAGAUGCGCGAGUCUUCUGAUUAGCGUUGGAGCAGACCUUUCACUCCAAGAUGGCCAAGGUGAAACACCCUUGCAUAUAUGUCUCGAGUACGGAAGCACGGAGUGUUUGAAACUGCUUCUACAAGAGCGACCCAAGGUUGAUGUGAACGCAGUAAACUUUCUUGAAUGGAAACCUGUCCAAGUUGCAGAAACAUUCGAGUUUGCACGCGUUUACAAUAAGUUGCUCAAGGAGUCAACGGCGAAAGCGGGUUCUGCUGGUAGUAACUUUAAAAAGCCAAGUUUUGCGUUCAGAACACCGCUGAUGGAUGGAAAACCAUCGUUUGAAGAUGGGCCAUCACCUCUUCUAACCGUAAACUCUCCGUACAGCGCAAAUCCAAUUACAAUCCCUGGAUCGGCGGGGGCAGGAGCAGGAAAUACAGUACCUGCCUCACCCAUUUCAAAAUUGCUUAGCAUAUCAACAAGCAGGAAGCCAUCGAUUUCUAUGGUUCAGUCGAUUCCACCAUUCAGUAACAUCCAUCAGUCCGCAGAGUCUAUAAGAAGUGUCUCUGGUGAAGAUUCACCAAUUACCAUACCACAAGCGAGUAUCACGUCGGGGACGCCGCCUAAGACAGUGAAGGGGAAGCAAGAAUUGAAUAAGACUUUUAGCAAUGACACCAUGUUGAACAAUAAGUAUAUCUUACAGAAUCUAAAGGACGAAAACAAGGAGAGUGCAGUGAAGAAUAGUUCUGCUGAUGAUCAAGAUGUGAGGCAUGCAUCACCCACAGGUAAUGCGGCUAGGAAACGGGUCUCGUUGUUAAAUAUUCCAAUUUCAAGAGUACGGAACAGCGAUUCGGUGGGUGAUAACGGCGAUAACAAUAAUCCAACGGCCUAA